GUAGGGGAGAGACAGCAUGUGUUGGUGACAGAGGAGUCAUUUGAUUCCCAAUACUAUGUGGCUCACAACAAGUACUACGAACAGGUGCUGGUACCUAAAAGGGUGGAGUUUAAAGGAAAGAUGAUUGUGGUGGACGUCUAUGAGGCAGGAAAACACUUCAUGAAAGGCAAACCAGUUGAGGAAAGUAAGCCGUUCACUCCUUCCAUUGCCAUGCCGCUUCAGAAAGGAGAGGUGUCUGGUCUGCUGCAGGAACAAAAGGUCAAUGGCGUCCAUGUUUCUGCUCCCACGCCUUCUCCGUGCACCUUCUCCAUUGGAUCUAAUAGUCUGGACAGAGAAAUGCUGAAGAAGAUUGGGAUCGGGCUCGCGCUGGCAGCAGUCAUCUUGGCUUAUAUUGUACAGAGAGUGUACUGAACAAUGACUGUUGUGUGCAGUCUUUUUUAUUGUAAUGUCAAUACCUUCUCUUGGCAGUCUAUCGGCAUGGUCAAACGGCUUCACCAAACACCUUUUAUACCAGUCUUUUUGGUACAAAUAAUUCACCAGAUUUAGGAGUUCAUUUAGAAUAUUUUUUUAAGUGCUGAUUACUUGUGACAGUGACAGUAGAGCCAUUUCUUGCUUAGGAAAAAGGUAAAAGUGUGUUUUGUUUAGUUCUUACUGAUGGCUACUGGUGCAGCUGUUACACAGAUAUUCAGUUGAUCAUACAUUCAGGGCUUUACCAUCAGUACGAGAGUCUGAUCUGUCACUCUGCAUCCUUUUAAAUUGGACCGUGAUUAAGCUUGGUUUAUUUCAUUUUGUGAAACUGAGUGAUGAUCUGUGUUAUACUUUGAUUAAAGUGUGUACAACUUCAUUUCACAGUAUUUAUUUUUGAAAGUGAGACAUGAACAUAUUUUCAGAAAAUGAAUGUCAUUUGUGUUGUUUUAAAAUGUUAACCUUAUGUUUCAUUGUUCAAGAAGUGCUUUGUGUUUAGAGUUUUCCACAAUAAUUCAUAGAAUAUUUGGCAGAGAUGCCAGGCGAACGAUUCUUACAGCUGGGAUUCAUUUAUUAUUGACACGCAUUGUGUCACCACGCACACAUUUUACAAGAUGUAGUUGUGUGCUUCUAGCAUACAAGGUUCCCUAUAUUCUCCAAUAGGCCACCGUCACACAGGUCUAGAGAAUGGUGAGAAACCCUCUGGCAACCACAGGCUGCGAUAGAAAAAUCCGCCACCAGUUGCCAAGUAGUUGCUGGCUGUUGCUGAGUGACAUUGAUUGCAAAGAGGUAUACAGUCCUGCACAUCCUUGUAAUUUCUUUAGUAACCAGCAAGCAGCCGUUGUCACCUGUAGUUUCCAUGGAAGAUACCAACUUGUCUCCAAACACACUCUAACUGCUUGCCUAGCAGUAGUGAAACUGUAAAAGUUGCUCCUUUUAAACCUGUUGGUUAAAGGAAUAAAGCACAGAUUUUACUUUGCAUCACACUUUUUCCCACUUUCACUGCUGCUCAGCGACUAGAGUGUUCCGGACAUCAAUCUAAUGCCCGGAUAAACUAUAGGUGACUAUCAAUCUGCUAGCAACCAAAGCAAAGAGGUUUUUGGUGCAGCACCCUCUGCAAACAGCAGGGAAUACACAUUUUCCCAAGCAAUCUGUAGUUCCCAGAGGGUUACCAGUUGGUCUCUAGGCAUGUGUGGCUGACUUGCAGUGGUAUCUAGCUGAUUUCCUGCCAUGCCAAUCUAAAUAACGAGAAUGAUUCCACCUCCAUCAUUGAUUCAUAGGGUUCAUAAUUCACAUGUGGAUAAAAUUCAAAUAGUUGGAUAGCAGCAGAAAUCUCAAGUGCACCGAUAUCCAUACUACUGCUGGAUUUUACCAAAACUUGCUUGUGUUUUUUUGUUUGUUUAGUUUCCCCCCCUUUCUAUAAUUCCAGUGUAAUUACCCUCCAAUACAACUCUCUAUACUUAGAUUUUUUUGGGGGUGUUGUUGUCCCAACCAUCCAGAAUUAUUAAAUAAAGGAUAAAAUCCAUUUGCCAUGAGUA